AUGCGCCGGGUUGUUGUGACAGGUCUGGGCGCUAUCACGCCGUUGGGUGUGGGCGUUCGACGCUCUUGGUCUCGCCUCCUUGCUGGCGAUUCUGGGAUCGUCAGUGUCGCAAACUUCGAGCCCCAGAGGCAAUGGAAGGAUCUGCCAAGCACCGUCGCUGGGAUUGUCCCCAGAGCAAGCAGUGGCGAGGGUCAAUGGCGGCCGGGUGACUGGCUGACACCGUCCGAACAGCGGAGGACUUCUACUUUCACUCAGUAUGCUCUCGCUGCCACGGCCGAGGCAUUGGAGGACGCCCAAUGGCAGCCGCGCAGUCCCCAGCAGCUUGAGGCGACCGGGGUCUGUCUAGGAAGUGGUAUUGGAAACCUGGACGACAUCUUCGAGACCAGCAUCGCUUUUCAUCAGGAGGGCUACAAGAAGGUGUCUCCGCUCUUCGUGCCAAAAAUUCUCAUCAACAUGGCUGCGGGCCACGUUGCCAUGAAGUAUGGUUUCCAGGGGCCAAACCAUGCUGCCACUACGGCGUGCACUACGGGCGCCCACUCUAUAGGCGAUGCAUCUCGCUUCAUUGCAUUUGGGGAUGCCGACGUCAUGGUAGCCGGAGGCUCAGAGGCUUGCAUUCACCCCUUGACUUUCGCAGGGUUUGGCAGGUCACGGUCCUUAUCGACGGCUUUCAACCAUGAUCCCCCGUCAAGUUGCCGCCCCUUUGAUCGAGACCGUAGUGGGUUUGUGGUAGGCGAAGGGGCAGCAGUUGUUGUUUUGGAGGAAUUAGAGCACGCCAAAGCGAGAGGUGCUCGUAUAUACGCUGAACUCAAAGGUUACGGCUGUAGCGGCGAUGCUUACCAGAUGACUGCUCCUCGAGACGAUGGAUCUGGUGCAUACCGAGGCAUGAAAAAGGCACUGCAGCAUGCCAUGAUCAAGCCCAGCCAAGUUGAUUACAUCAACGCCCAUGCCACAGGAACAACUAUCGGCGACUCAGCUGAGGCGCUGGCUAUCCAGUCACUGAUGCGUGGACCGGAGGGAUAUGCUACUGAUGACCAAGUCACGGUAAGCAGUACGAAAGGGUCGAUAGGGCAUCUCCUGGGGGCAGCUGGCGCCAUAGAAGCCGUUAUCUCCAUCCUGUCAAUUGCAGACAAUAUUGUGCCUCCCACCAGGAACCUGCACAACUCUGAUAUCAAGUCUUCCUUCAAUUUCGUGCCGUUGGAGUCACAGAACAAGACGGUCGACGUGGCAAUGUCGAAUAGCUUCGGGUUUGGUGGCACCAAUGCCUCUUUGGUGUUCUCAAGGUUCCAAAGAUGA